AUGAAAUUUGUAGAUGGUCAUAGUGUUCGGGACCGCCGCUUGGCUGCAAAACGGCAAGUCGAACAACUGAAUGCUGAUCUUCGAGACAAAACGGCUUUAUUGGCUAGUCUGGAGCAAGCAGGACAAGAGGGUGAAGAAGCAUACAUUUCACUACUGACUAAAUAUGAUUCUCAGGUCGUAGAUCUCAAGGAAAGGAUAAAUGCUUUAGAAAAAGAGAAACUUUCCCUUGCAGCUGAACUCUCCAAAGCGGUCAAUGUUAAAACUAAGUCAAAGUUGGCUGAGAAAGAACGUGAAUUGUCCGAGGCCCGACGACAACUUUCAGAGUUAUCGCGCUUGAAACGUGCAAAGGAGGCUCGCGAAGCGGAAUGUCUUAGGCUGCAACAAGAAAUUCAGGCCUGCAAACUCAGCAUGGUUCGUUCAAUACGUCAGCUCAAUUCUGAGACCAAGGCUUAUCAUAAAUGGAAACUGGAUAAAGAGAAAGAAGCAAGUUAG